AUGGCUGAACGCCGCGCCUUCGCACAGAAAAUCAGCAGAACUGUGGCGGCAGAUGUCAGGAAGCAGAUUGCUGGACAGUAUGGAGGGUCUCCACAGCUCUUCAAAAACCCCAAUGCAGGGGCAGCAACAAGCAACACGGUACCACUCACAGAAGCGGUGGACCCCGUGGAUUUUGAGGAGUACUUAAUCACGCACCCUCCAAUCGUGGAGUCGGGACCCCUCAGAGACCUGAUUGAGUUUCCCCCUGAUGACAUCGAAGUUAUCUACACACCGCGGGAGUGUCGCACAGUGGUCCAGGCUGUCCCAGAAGAAGGAGACACUGAUGCACAUGUCAGAGACUGUGUGCGAUCGUACACAGAAGACUGGGCGAUUGUUAACAGAAGAUAUCACAAGCUCGGUACAGGUUUUAAUCCCAAUGCACUUGACAAACAAAAGGAGCGUCAGAAAGGCCUCCCCAAGCAAAUCUUUGAAGCGGAUGAAAUGCCAGAGACCAGCAGCUACCAAGAUGACCAGGACGACUUGAAGCGGCGAUCCAUGUCCAUCGAUGACACUCCCAGAGGCAGCUGGGCCUGCAGCAUUUUUGACUUGAAGAACUCUCUUCCUGAUCCCCUCCUGCCUCACCUCCUCGAUCGUUCUCCCAAUGAGGAUAUUGACAGAAGCAAUGAAGACCAGCGCAAAACCAGCCGCCAUCGUGAGCUGUUUGCACUGCACCCUGCUCUGGACGAGGAGGAGCCCAUUGAGCGCCAUUGUGUUCCAGAAGUACCUAAAGAGCACUUUGGACAGAGGCUACUCGUCAAGUGCUUGUCCUUGAAGUUUGAAAUCGAAAUUGAGCCUAUAUUUGCUAGUCUGGCCUUAUACGAUGUCAAGGAAAAGAAAAAGAUAUCAGAAAACUUUUUCUUUGAUUUAAACUCCGAGCAAACAAAAGGCAUGUUGCGUCCCCACAUUCAGACUGCAGCCAUCUCAACACUGGCCCGAUCUGCUGUGUUUUCAAUUACCUACCCAUCUCAAGAUGUCUUUCUGGUCAUAAAGUUGGAGAAAGUUCUACAACAAGGUGAUAUUGGAGAGUGCGCUGAACCUUACAUGGUGUUUAAAGAGUCAGAUGCUGCCAAGAAUAAAGAAAAAUUGGAGAAGCUUCGAGGCCAAUCAGAGCAGUUCUGUCAACGCCUAGGCCGAUAUCGAAUGCCUUUUGCUUGGACUGCAAUACAUCUGAUGAACAUUGUCAACAGUGCUGGCAGCUUGGAGAGAGACACGGAGAUGGAGAUGAGCCUGUCAGAGAGAAAAGGCUCAUGGUCUGAACGUCGUAACUCAAGCAUCAUGGGAAGGCGUUCCCUGGAGAGGACCACGAGUGGAGACGAGGCCUGCAGCCUGACAGGAUUCAGACCAGCCACCCUCACCAUCACCAACUUCUUCAAGCAGGAAGGGGACAGACUGAGUGAUGAGGAUUUGUUUAAGUUCCUCGCUGAUAUGAGGAGGCCUUCUUCAGUAUUGCGGAGGCUCCGGCCCAUCACAGCCCAGUUGAAGUUGGACAUUUCUCCAGCUCCAGAGAGCCCCCACUACUGCUUGACCCCUGAUCUUCUGCAGGUCAAGCCUUAUCCCGACAGCAGAGUCCGACCCACACGUGAAAUCCUGGAGUUUCCUGCCAGGGAUGUUUAUGUGCCAAAUACCACAUACAGGAAUCUGCUGUAUGUCAACCCUCAAAGUCUUAACUUUGCCAACCGCCAAGGCUCGGCCCGAAACAUCACUGUUAAAGUGCAAUUCAUGAAUGGAGAGGACCCAAAUAACGCCAUGCCUGUCAUAUUUGGAAAGUCCAGCUGUGCAGAUUUCUACAAAGAAGCAUAUACCUCUGUGGUGUAUCACAACCGAUCCCCAGAUUUUUCAGAUGAGGUCAAAAUCAAGUUGCCUGCAUCUUUGUCUGACCACCACCAUAUCCUCUUCACCUUUUAUCAUGUGAGCUGCCAACAAAAGCAAAACACACCAUUGGAGACACCUGUUGGUUACACUUGGAUCCCCAUGUUACAGAAUGGGCGCUUGCGGACAGGACACUUUUGUCUACCUGUGUCUCUCGAAAAACCACCUCAGUCCUACUCUGUGCUCUCCCCAGAUGUCCCCCUUCCAGGAAUGAAAUGGGUGGAUAACCAUCGAGGUGUAUUUAAUGUGGAAGUUACAGCAGUUUCCACCAUUCAUACACAGGAUCAAUACCUGGAUAAGUUCUUCGCCUUGGUGCACGCUUUGGACGAGCACAUGUUCCCUGUUCGGAUCGGAGACAUGCGCAUCAUGGAGAACAGCCUGGAAGCUGAACUCAAGACGAGCAUCGCAGCGCUCACCUCCGCCCAGCUGGAGCCCGUGGUGCGAUUCCUUCACCUCCUGCUCGAUAAACUGGUUUUGCUCGUCGUACGGCCUCCAGUUAUCGCAGGACAAAUAGUGAAUUUGGGACAAGCGUCAUUUGAGGUCAUGGCGUCUAUAGUGAACCGGCUCCAUAAAUAUCUGGACACCAGCCAAGACAUGCACGGCCGCAACAGUCUACUGUCCUCCUAUAUCCACUACGUUUUCCGUCUGCCCAGCACAGACCCCAACUCUCCUUCACCCGACUCCGAUUCAUCUUCAACAGGCCCAGGGGGACUGGGUGGUUCUAUGCACUAUGCCACCAUGGCUCGCUCGGCCGUGCGACCGGCCAGCCUCAACCUGAAUCGCUCUCGUAGCCUCAGCAACAGCAACCCCGACAUAUCUGGCACGCCCACCUCUCCCGACGACGAGGUGCGCUCAAUCAUUGGCAGCAAGGCCAUGGAGCGAUGUGGUAAUCGCAUGUCUUCGCACACUGAGAGCUCCAGUUUCUUGCAAAGUUUAACAGGACGAUUGCCCACAAAAAAGCUGUUCCACGAGGAGCUGGCUUUACAGUGGGUCGUGAGCAGCGGCAGUGUCCGCGAGGGAGCUCUUCAACAGGCUUGGUUCUUCUUUGAGUUGAUGGUGAAGAGCAUUAUCCACCACUUGUACUUCACUGAGCGCUUGGAGUCGCCUCGCAAACACCGCUUCCCUGAGCGGUUCAUGGAUGACAUCACAGCUCUGGUCAGCACCCUGGCUGGGGAUGUUGUGUCCCGCUUUCAGAAGGACUUGGAGCUCGUGGAGAGACUUAACACCAGCCUGGCCUUCUUCAUGAAUGAUCUGCUCUCAGUGAUGGACAGGGGAUUUGUCUUCAGUUUGAUAAGAGCUUAUUGGAAGCAGGUGUCAACAAAGCUUUAUAAUCUCCAAAACCCAACACUAGAGUCUCUACGGCUUGAUUUCCUGAGGAUUGUGUGCAGCCAUGAGCAUUAUGUCACACUUAAUCUUCCAUGCAGCCUGCUCACACCCCCAGCAUCCCCCUCACCCUCGGUGUCUUCAGCCACUUCCCAGAGCUCUGGUUUCUCCACUCAUGCCCAAGACCAAAAAAUUGCCAAUAUGUUUGAGCUGUCAGUGCCCUUCAGAGAACAACAUUUUUUGGCGGGGCUGGUGCUAUCUGAGUUGUCUGUUAUACUUGAACCAGACAAUGAAUUGAUGUUUGGUCUGCAUAAGAAAGUGGUCAAUGUGGUACAUAACCUGCUCUCUAGUCACGACUCUGACCCGCGGUAUGCAGACCCGGAGGUUAAAGCCUGCGUUGCCAUGCUCUACUUGCCUCUGAUCGGCAUUGUUAUGGAAGCACUCCCUCAACUUCACGACUUCACAGAGUCCCAUAACCAGUGGGGGCGACCUGGAGCUCCACAGGGGGCAGCAGUGAGCAGUGGCGGUGAAGAGGCCGAGAGUGAAGCGAACAUAAUCAGCCAAACUGUUGCCAUGGCAAUUGCAGGCACCUCUGCUGCAUCACCCAUGUCCCGACCGAGCAGCUUCCUGCUUAACUCUCAGAGCCCUCGUCAGCAUGGCAGUUUUUCGGCCGAGUCCAGCCGCAGCCUCCUGAUCUGUCUGCUGUGGGUGCUGAAAAAUGCAGAUGAGCUGGUGCUGCAGAAGUGGUUCACUGACCUCUCUGUGACCCAGCUCAAUCGCCUCCUGGACCUGCUCUACCUCUGUGUCUCCUGCUUUGAAUAUAAGGGGAAAAAGGCCUUUGAGCGAAUGAACAGUCUGACGUUUAAGAAAUCCAAAGACAUGAAGGCCAAGCUGGAGGAAGCUAUUCUGGGCAGCAUCGGGGCCAGACAGGAGAUGGUCCGCCGCAGUCGAGGUCAGCUAGAGCGGAGUCCUUCUGGCAGCGCUUUUGGCAGUCAGGAAAACCUGCGCUGGAGGAAGGACAUGACACACUGGCGGCAGAACAGUGAAAAGUUGGACAAGAGUCACAGAUCAGUCAGGACCAGAGCAGAGCUGGAACACGAAGCACUUAUUGAUGGAAACCUUGCCACAGAGGCCAACCUCAUUAUUUUGGAUACGUUGGAAAUCGUUGUACAGACCGUAUCCGUGACUGAAUCAAAAGAGAGCAUCCUGGGAGGGGUGCUGAAGGUGCUGCUACACAGUAUGGCCUGUAACCAGAGCGCCCUCUACCUGCAGCACUGUUUUGCUACACAACGCGCGCUCGUGUCAAAGUUCCCAGAGCUGCUGUUCGAGGAGGAGACGGAGCAGUGUGCAGACUUGUGUUUGCGAUUGCUGAGAAGCUGCAGCAGUAGCAUCAGCACAAUCAGAUCUCACGCCAGCGCCUCUCUCUACCUUCUCAUGCGGCAGAACUUUGAGAUAGGAAAUAAUUUUGCUCGGGUGAAAAUGCAGGUGACAAUGUCCCUGUCGUCACUGGUGGGAACUUCUCAAAAUUUCAAUGAGGAGUUUUUACGUCGCUCCCUGAAAACUAUCCUCACGUAUGCGGAGGAGGAUCUGGAGCUGAGAGAAACUACAUUCCCAGAUCAGGUUCAGGACCUUGUUUUUAAUUUGCACAUGAUCCUCUCUGACACAGUGAAGAUGAAAGAGCAUCAGGAAGAUCCAGAAAUGCUAAUUGAUCUGAUGUACAGGAUUGCUAAAGGUUAUCAGACUUCUCCAGAUUUGCGGCUCACCUGGCUUCAAAACAUGGCUGGGAAACAUUCAGAGAGAAACAACCACGCAGAGGCUGCACAGUGUUUGGUGCACAGCGCCGCCCUAGUGGCUGAAUACCUGAGCAUGUUGGAGGAUCGGAAAUAUCUCCCUGUGGGAUGUGUCACUUUCCAGAAUAUCUCUUCAAAUGUGCUGGAGGAGUCUGCGGUAUCUGAUGAUGUGGUGUCUCCAGAUGAAGAGGGAAUUUGUUCAGGAAAGUACUUUACAGAAAUAGGUUUAGUCGGACUCCUGGAGCAGGCAGCUGCCUCUUUUUCUAUGGCGGGCAUGUACGAAGCAGUAAAUGAAGUUUAUAAGGUACUCAUCCCAAUCCAUGAAGCAAAUCGGGAUGCAAAGAAACUUGCCACGAUUCAUGGUAAACUGCAAGAUGCCUUUGGGAAAAUUGUUCAUCAGAGUACUGGCUGGGAGCGGAUGUUUGGUACUUACUUCAGAGUUGGAUUUUAUGGCUCAAAAUUCGGCGACCUUGAUGAGCAGGAAUUUGUUUACAAAGAGCCAGCCAUCACAAAACUAGCAGAAAUCUCACACAGGCUUGAGGGUUUCUAUGGAGAGAGAUUUGGAGAAGAGCAGGUAGAAGUAAUAAAGGACUCCAACCCAGUUGACAAAUGUAAAUUGGACCCAAAUAAGGCCUUCAUCCAGAUCACGUACGUGGAGCCGUACUUUGACACGUAUGAAAUGAAGGAUCGGAUCACAUACUUCGACAAGAACUACAACCUGCGGCGCUUCGUGUACUGCACCCCCUUCACGCUGGACGGACGGGCGCACGGAGAUCUGCACGAGCAAUACAAACGCAAGACCAUCCUGACCACGUCCCACGCCUUCCCCUACAUCAAGACACGCAUCAACAUCAUCCACAAAGAGGAGAUCAUCUCCACUCCCAUUGAGGUGGCCAUUGAGGACAUGCAGAAGAAGACGCAGGAGUUGGCCUUUGCCACACACCAGGAUCCAGCUGACGCAAAGAUGCUUCAAAUGGUCCUGCAGGGGUCUGUGGGCACAACAGUCAACCAGGGACCUUUGGAAGUCGCUCAAGUUUUCCUAUCAGAGAUUCCGAGUGACCCUAAACUGUACAGACACCAUAACAAGCUUCGUCUCUGCUUCAAAGACUUCACUAAGAGGUGUGAGGAUGCCCUGCGUAAGAACAAGAGCCUGAUCGGGCCAGACCAGAAAGAAUACCAGAGGGAGCUGGAGAGGAACUACCACAGACUGAAGGAGGCGCUGCAGCCGCUGAUCAACAGGAAGAUCCCACAGCUCUACAAACCUGUGCUGCAGGUCAACGCGCACAGAGAUUCCUUCAGCAGACUGAGCCUUCGCAAACUUGAACUCUGA